GACAGCAUUUCCAACAUGGCAGCGGCAGGCAACGCAGAGCAAACGCAGUUACAAGACAUGGAGGAGGAAGAUGCUGGGAUGGAGGAGAGGGAGAUGGAGUCCGACGAAGACGAGGAGGGCGAAGAGGGCAUGGGAGUCGAAAACUCAGACGAAGACGAGGAGGACGAUUCCUCAGAGGACGAGAAAGAAAACGAAGCGGAGAUCCAGCGACUGGAGGAGCAGCUCUCCAUCAAUGCUUUUGAUUACAAUUGCCAUGUGGAUCUAAUUAAACUUCUCAAGCAAGAGGGGGAACUUCUACGUCUGCGAAAAGCCAGGCAGAAGAUGAGUGAACUGUUCCCUCUCACUGAAGAGAUUUGGCUGGACUGGCUUAAGGAUGAGAUCCGUCUGACUGAGGAAGAGCCGAACCGCGACAAAGUUUACGAGCUUUUCGAGAGAGCUGUAAAAGACUAUAUCUGUCCAGAAAUCUGGCUGGAAUAUGCUCAGUACUCCAUUGGUGGCAUGGGCUCACCUGGCGGCAUCGACAAGGUGAGAUCCAUCUUUGAGAGAGCGGUGACGGCUGUGGGACUUCACAUGACCAAGGGGCAGACGGUGUGGGAGGCAUACCGAGAAUUCGAGAACGCCAUCCUGUCCACCGUGCAGCCUCCUCCUGGCAGGAUUCCCAGCCGCGAGGAGCAGGAGCUGCUGAAAACACAGCUCGAGCGAAUCCAUACACUGUUCCGUCGCCAGCUGGCCAUCCCCUUGAUGGAAAUGGAAGUCACCUAUGCAGAGUACGAGGAGUGGUCUGAGCAGGGAGUGCCCGACACCGUCGUGCAGCAGUACAAGAAGGCUUUGCAGCAGCUGGAGAAGUACAAACCUUUGGAGGAGUCUCUGUUGGUAGCAGAGCCUCCCAAGCUGGCAGAAUAUCAAGCCUACAUCGACUUCGAACUGAAGGAAGGCGAUCCGGCUCGGAUCCAGAUCACCUUUGAGCGAGCUCUGGCGGAGAACUGCCUGGUGCCGGACAUGUGGGCAAGAAACACCACCUAUCUGGAUCGCCAGCUGAAGGUCAAAGAUUUGGUUUUGUCUACUCAUGAACGCGCCGUCAGGAACUGCCCCUGGACCAUGGGUCUGUGGAAGAGCUACCUGCUGGCUCUGGAGCGGCACGGAGCCGACCAUCAGACGGUGUCAGAUGUUUUUGAGAAGGCGCUGAAUGCUGGUUUCAUUCAAGCGACAGAUUAUGUGGAGAUCUGGCAGGCCUAUCUGGACUACUUGAGGAGACGUGUGGAUUUCAGUAAAGAAUCGAGUAAAGAGUUGGAGGAGUUGAGAGGAGCCUUCUCUCGAUCUUUAGACUACAUGAAACAGGAUGUCGAAGAAAGGUUUGGUGAAAGCGGAGAUCCUUCUUGUAUCAUAAUGCAGAUCUGGGCAAGGAUAGAGGCACUUCACUGUAAGAACAUGCAGAAAGCCAGAGAGCUGUGGGACAACAUCAUGACGAAAGGCAACGCCAAGUACGCCAACAUGUGGCUGGAGUACUACAACCUGGAAAGGUCUUACGGGGAUCCUGUUCACUGCCGUAAAGCUCUUCACCGAGCAGUUCAGUGCACAACAGACUAUCCUCAGCAUGUCUGUGACGUCCUGCUCACCUUCGAGAGAGUGGAAGGCUCUCUGGAGGACUGGGACUUGGCGGUGCAGAAGACCGAGACGAGACUGAACAGGAUCAACGAGCAGCUCGCAAAGGUCGCAGAGAAGGAAGCCAACAUGGCCCGCCAGGAGGAGGAGCGAGCCGAGCAGCGGCGGAAGGCCAAGGCAGACAAGAAGGCCCUGAAAAAAUCCCACAAUGAAGCCCGAGCCGGGGAGAAGAGGAAAGCAGAUUAUCGCAAUGAGUGGAAUGAAGACUCCGAUCGCAAAAGGCACAAAGGCAACAAAGAGCAGAGCACAGAGGAGUACAUGGAGACGGAGAGUGGCCUCUCUGGGAGGAACGCCCCCCCUGGAUACAAAGCUGCUCCUCCCGCCUCCCAAAAAACCCAGCCAGCAGAUUCCAGGCAGUACGACAACAAGCCGGAGCUCCGGAACGACGACAGCAGCGUGUUCGUCAGCAACCUGGCGUACACCCUGGAGGACCCGGAGGCCAACCUGAGGACGCUGUUCGAGCCCUGCGGCCCCAUCAAACAGGUCCGCCUCAUCUUCAGCAACAAAGGACAGUUCAAAGGCUACGGUUACGUUCAGUUUGAGGCGCCGGUGUCCGUCGCCGAAGCCCUGAAGCUGGACCGACGAGAGGUGGAGGGCAGGCCCGUCUUCGUGUCGCCCUGCGUGGACAAAAACAAAAACCCGGACUUCAAGGUGUUUAAAUACAACACAUCGAUGGAGAAACACAAGAUCUUCAUCUCCGGCUUGCCUUUCUCCUGCACCAAAGAGCAGCUGGAGGAAAUCUGCAGGAGUCACGGCACCAUCAGAGACGUUCGUUUGGUCACGUAUCGCUCAGGAAAACCCAAGGGUCUGGCAUAUGUGGAGUUUGCAGACGAAGCUCAGGCCUCUCAGGCCGUCUUGAAACUGGAUGGCACGGAGGUCGAAGGCAACAAAAUCUCGGUUGCCAUCAGUAAUCCUCCGCGCAGGAACAUGAUGGACAAGCCCGGGUCCAGCAGACUGACGGCGGACACGACGUCUCGCCAGGCCUAUGGAGCGAGGGGAAGAGGACGCACGCAGCUGUCUUUACUCCCCCGCUCGCUGCACCGUCAGGCCGCCCCGGCCGGCAAAGUGGAGAACGGGACGGCGGCCAGCGCGGCGACGGGGGCGGCGAGCUCAGCCGGAGAGCCCAAAUCUUUGUCAAAUUCAGACUUUGCCAAGAUGCUGCUCAAUAAGUGAGGGGAUUGCGAGCGCCGCUUGCCCUGAAAGCCAUCUCACGUCCCUUCUGAACCCGUGUCGGCUGUGUCUCCUGUGAUCGAUUCCCCCAUGCUCCCUUUAAUCUCAGUCACACUCCCGUCAUCCAUCCAGGUUGCCUUAAUCGCCAAGCUCCCGCCCUCCAUCCCCCCCAAAACGGAGAUUUCUCAACCGUGGAACAGAUUGAUUUAGUUGAGUGUGUCUGCAGGCGACUGCCUGCCAGGCUUCUUUAUUAAAAAAAAAAAGAGAAAAAACAUCAGUUCUGUGUAAAUACGUUGUAUUUCGACAUUUCUUCUUUGGUUGUGUGAUUUUUUUUUUAUUUUUUUUUUUGACAGAUGCAUAUGGGAGAGUAUUUUUUUAAAGAUUCAAAACAGCCAAACUUGUGAAUGUUGUUUCUCCUCAUGUGUAUGCAGAUGUUUGAUUACUCUGUAAUAUAGUUUGUGUGUGUGUGUGUGUGUGUGUGUGUGGUUGUACAUAUGUUGUAAGUGCUACAGUGAUUUAAAAAGAAAAAAAAAUCUCCAGAUGUUUUUAGGGAACCUACAACUUUUAUUGAGUAAAUAUAACACAUGACUACCUGUGUUUUUUUUUUUCUUACCCUGACAGAAUAACGCAGCUGUUUUUUUGAAAUGGCUUCAUAUCACCUGAGUCUGCAUUUGAUCACCGGCGUUUACGAUGCUGUGAAUUACCUCCUAAUAAUCCCGUUCCAUCACGUUACUUUCAGUUCUCUAGGUCUUGUGGAUUCGGGGUUGUGUUCGUUAGUCGUGCCACAAAACUGGAACCGGAGCUUCCCUCAGCUGUUGGAUGAUUGAUCAGUUUGUGUGCAUCUAUAAUCAGAUUUAUGAUCUGAGAAAAGAAUCUGGGUUCAUAGGAUGAAGAAAUUACUGCUAUUGGCUCCUCUGAUGUCAGGACAGUUUGUUAGAAAUACACAUUUUAGUGUAUUGAUUCUUAUUUGACAUCGUGAAUCUGUUCAGUAUCUUACGUGACAGUUUAGAUUUAUCUGAAAAUACAAGAAAACAGUAUAAAAAUGUCAUUGAAACAUAAUCCUUCAGUUGUAGAUGUAUUACACAAUAAUCAACAUUUUAAAUCAUUCUUUUUAUGCUCAUAAGUCAUAGAAUUACUUAAAAUUACUAUCUUAAUAUCUUUUUAACUUUUAGAUUCAUUUUAUUAUAACAAAAUAAAAAAGGUAAAGAUUUUUUUAAAUGGUUUGUGAGUAUAGAAAUAAAUGACAAGACAAAAAAAAAUCAAAAUUUAAAUGUGAAUAUUUUUUUUCUUAUUGCUUGUAUUUUUGGUUUUACACUUUUGAGACUGUUGAGCGUUUGAUUACAGCUGUUUGGACAAAUACUGAUGAGCACUUUCAGUAUGAAUAUGAAACUCAUGUCAGGCGUUGAGGUGAAUAGCGGUCGGUGUGCCUUUGAGCUGUGGGCCCGGUCAGUAGACCUGCAGCUGUUCAGCAGUCCGCUGAUAUGUGGAUAUCAAGAGUUAUAAAUAAGUGAGUGCACUAUAAAGGUGAAUUCUUUGAUCCUUACAAACCGAAACCCAGCUGCUCUCGGUGUCGGGACCGGCAUGUCACGGGGGUCAGAGGAGUUUGUUUUUCAUGAACAUUUUGAUGUUAAGAAGUUUUGGCAUUACUUCUAAUAUUUUACCUUGAUCUUGACACAAUUCACAUUUUCAAAUGUUCUCCAGUCCCGUUUAUUUUAUCCUAAAUCUUUAAUAUAGUGUUUUUCUUUAGUGCGGCCCUAUGGGACCGACUGUAUGUGGCAUAAAGAUUCUAUGAUAGUCCACACAUUAUUUAGAUCUGCUGCUUCUUUGUCACAAGAGAAAACUAUGCAGUUUUUCCCAUGUUAGUUCAGUCAUUUACUUUUCUGUCUCUGUAUAUAUACACAUAUAUAUAUUUCAAAAAACUUCAAUGUAGUUUGUAAUAAAUCCAACUUUUAAAAGCUGAUGGAAUACAAGCUGUACGUAAUGCUCUCACCACAGUGGCCUACUCCAAAAAAAAAAAAAAACACUAGUAUAUCUGUAAACUUUGUUUUCUGUCCAGUAUUCUAACGUUGUAUUGUGUGCACUGCUGCUGUUUUGUAUCAUUUCUAUAGUCAAUGUUAUGAAAAGAGGUCAGAUUUAAAAAGGCUAUAUAUUGUUAUAUUUUUGUUUAAUCUCAGUAUUUAUUUUCUUGUUUCAAGACGAUCUCCCCGUUUUCCACCCUUGUGUUUUGGGUGGUAUAAAAAAAAAAUAUGUGAAGUUUUUGUUUUGUUACUGCUUUAAUAAAGUCAUGUAAAUCCUC